CUACUAUCCGUUACUUGUUUCUACCUGCCAGUUACCUGUUCCUACAACCCGUUACUUGUUUCUACCUGUCAGUUACCUGUUCCUACAACCCGUUACUUGUUUCUACCUGUCAGUUACCUGUUCCUACAAUCCGUUACUUGUUUCUACCUGCCAGUUACCUGAUCAUCGAGAGUAAUUUGGGGUUAAUAGAUGUGAUAAAUAGAGGACACUCUCUGAACCUGUAUGCUGUAUGUUGUCUUUUCAUCCUAACUGACAGAGAACAGUAAACGUGUUUUGUAGAAGGCAGCGACAGUAGAGAACAGUAAAUGUGUUCUAUUUAAGGUGGUCUCAGUAGAUUUCUGUUCUGUGUGGGUUCAAUAGAGGAUUGUGGAAUAUGUUCAGAUCUAUUUGAAGUUCGUCUCUCUGCAGCAGAGAUCCUGAGAGGAUUCAUUCAUGAGUUGGUUCAGCUGUCUGACCGUAAAUGGACGGGAUAGGGUCUUUGUGUGACGAGUAUUUAAACCCUCACAGAGGAAUCUGCUCUGCUAUCUCUUCUCUUCUUCUCAGCAUUCAUCCAUUCAUCCUUUACUCUCUGAUUAUACUCUGUCUUUAUUUUCUUUCUAUCAGUUUUUGUGUCAAUCUGUCCAUCAUGGCCCCGAAGAAACCAGAACAAAAGAAGGAAACAAUGAAAGUUUCUCCAGAAGCAGAAGCUGCUAAAGAACCAGAUUUUGACCCACACAGCAUCAAGAUUGAUUUUGGCCCUGAUCAGAUUGAGGAGUUUAAAGAAGCAUUCCAGCUGUUUGACAGGACGCCACAGAACCAGCUGAAGAUCUCCUUCUCUCAGUGUGGAGACGUGAUGAGAGCUCUGGGACAGAAUCCAAGCAACGCUGAGGUCCUCCGAGUGCUGGGACGACCCAAACCUGAGGACAUGGACGGUAACCUGGUGGACUUUGAGACCUUCCUGCCCAUGCUGCAACAUGUGGCUCAGUCCAAAGACAAGGGGACGUAUGAGGACUUUGUGGAAGGUCUGCGGGUUUUUGAUAAGGAAGGAAAUGGGACGGUGAUGGGAGCUGAGCUGAGACACGUACUGGUCACUUUGGGGGAGAGGAUGACGGAGGGAGAAGUGGACCAGCUGUUGGCAGGACAGGAAGAUGCUAAUGGAUGUAUAAACUAUGAAGCUGUGCAUUUGUUUUCCAGCUUUUGUGAAGCACAUCAUGGCUGGCUGAAACAACAGGUUGGGUCCUGUGUUCAGAGAGAAGUGCCUGCAGGUUUCUGCUCUGAUGUUACAAAUCCUCAUGUUCAAUAAAAAUGUACCAAAAGAA